CAACCAGGUCUUUUAUAGCCCCAGAGUUCCCGUGAUGCCCUACGCGGCUACAAUGAUUGGUUAAGCGUUUUGCUUUUAGGGCGUGGAUGCGCUCCUGAGCAAUCCUGGAUGAGCUGUGAGUGCGCGCGCGUGCGCGGGGCCGCGAACGGGGCAGGCUCGAGCCCGCUGGGCACUCGGGGGCGCGCACGUCGUUCCCCGCCCUCCCGCCGCCGCCCGCCCUCGCUCCCUCGCGCUCCCCUCCCGCUGCCCGCGGUACUCAGUCGGUUCCGUCGUUAGUCUGCGGUCUCGUCUUAAGCUGCCCGUCUUCGUCUCUGAGCUUGCGACUCGCAGACCGGCGUCCCCGGCGCAAAGAGGCUGGACUCGGAUUCGUUGCCUGAGCCAUGGCUGCCAUUCGGAAGAAACUGGUGAUUGUUGGUGAUGGAGCCUGUGGAAAAACAUGCUUGCUCAUAGUCUUCAGCAAGGACCAGUUCCCGGAGGUGUAUGUUCCCACAGUGUUUGAGAACUAUGUGGCAGAUAUCGAGGUGGAUGGAAAACAGAAAACAUCCCAGAAAAGUGGACCCCGGAAGUCAAGCAUUUCUGUCCCAACGUGCCCAUCAUCCUGGUUGGGAAUAAGAAGGAUCUUCGGAAUGAUGAGCACACAAGGCGGGAGCUAGCCAAGAUGAAGCAGGAACCUGUGAAACCUGAAGAAGGCAGAGAUAUGGCAAACAGGAUUGGCGCUUUUGGGUACA